UGUGCUUUCCUCCUUACUUCCGGUCACUGCAUUCCAUUCCACACACAUGAAGCAUCAGUCUCAGUAGGUAACGGCGUCUGUAGGGUUACACAGUAGUGAAGAAGACAUCCGGUGAUUACGAGACACCCAACAGCCGUCCCCAUGUAUCAGGUGGACUGAGCAGGACCCAGAGCCUCAUCCCGGUGCCUCCACCUCACUCACUGAUACAUGAGAGACUCAAUGACUAGAAUAUCCUGGAAUUUCCCAACAAGAUCAUUCAGCUGCUGACUGGAGAGGUGACUGCUGGGCAGCGGUGCAAGUAUGCGGGUACGCUCGGAUAUGGAGUACCCUUAAGAAUUUUCCAGCGGGAGGGGGAGUAUGUAGAGGAACACAGGGAUCUGUACAAGUACGUGAUGAUGGAGAAUCACCGGCCCCUCACAUCACUGGAUAAGAGGAGACUAUCAUGUAUUGUACAGGGGAGAGCAGAUGGGCCCAGUAACAGAGAUACCCCAGAGAGAAGUCCCCGUCCUCUGUAUUCCCAGGACUGUACAGAGGAGAAUCACAGAAUCCCACAGGAGGAUCAGGUAGAACGUCUGUCUGAUAUUAAAACAGAAGAUAUAGAGGGAGAAGAAGAGACGUAUGUGACUGAUAUAAAGGCAGAAGAUAUACAGGGAGAAGAAGAGACCUUUGUGACUGAUAUAAAGGCAGAAGAUAUACAGGGAGAAGAAGAGACGUAUGUGACUGAUAUAAAGACAGAAGAUAUAGAGGGAGAAGAAGAGAUGUAUGUGAGUGAUAUAAAGGCAGAAGAUAUAGAGGGAGAAGAAGAGACGUAUAUGAGUGGAGAUCAGCAGUGUAAGGAAGAGGAGAUCCCUACAGAUAUCAGCACAGCAGAUGGACACACAAGCAGGAAUAUCUCAGAAGGACAUCUAAUGUUUUCCCCGGAUUGUGACAUAAAAGAUAAUGACAGUAGACAGGAUAUAACCCCAGGAGAUAACCCCAUUACCCCAAUUAUACAUCCAGCUCUAUCAGCUGAUCCCUCCGAUCCUGGGGAAUGUUCUCCUGAUCACUCUGAUAUUGGUGCAUCUGUUACAGCUCUGACAGUAGACACAGUGUUUCCCUGUUCUAAAGAUGCCAACUGUUUUACACAGAAUACAAAGCUUAUUACCCAUCAGUCAGCUAAGGCAGGUGAGAGGCCAUUUCCAUGUUCUGAGUGUGGGAAAUGUUUUACAUACAAAUCAGAACUUGAAAGACAUCAGAGAAGUCACACAGGUGAGAAGCCAUUUUCCUGUUCUGAGUGUGUGAAAUGUUUUACACAUAAAUCACAUCUUGUUACACAUCAGAGAAGUCACACAGGUGAGAGGCCAUUUCCAUGUUCUGAGUGUGUGAAAUGUUUUACACAUAAAUCACAUCUUGUUACACAUCUUAGAAGUCACACAGGUGAGAAACCAUUUUUAUGUUCUGAGUGUGGGAAAUGCUUUUUACAGAAAUCAGAUCUUGUUACACAUCAAAGAAGUCACACAGGUGAGAAACCAUUUUCAUGUCUUGAGUGUGGGAAAUGUUUUUUAAGUAAAGCAAAUCUAGUUUCACAUCAGAGAACUCACACAGGUGAGAAGCCAUUUUCCUGUUCUGAGUGUGUGAAAUGUUUUACACAUAAAUCACAUCUUGUUACACAUCAGAGAAGUCACACAGGUGAGAGGCCAUUUCCAUGUUCUGAGUGUCAGAAAUGUUUUGCACAUAGAUCAGAUCUUGUUGCACAUCAAAGAUGUCACACAGGUGAGAAGCCAUUUCCAUGCUCUGAGUGCGGGAAAUGUUUUCGCCGGAAAUCACAACUUGUUACACAUCAGCGAAGUCACAUAGGUGAGAAACCAUUUUCAUGUUCUGAGUGUGGGAAAUGUUUUACUUGGAAAUCAGCUCUUGUUAGACAUCAAAGAACUCACACAGGUGAGAAACCACUUCCAUGGUCUGAGUGUGAGAAGUAAAUCAGCUUUGUUUCACACAAUAGACAUCAAACAGGUGAGGAACCUUUUUAAACUCAUCAUCACCAUUGCCAUGCAUUUUCUCAAAUUCCUGUCCUAUUUCCUAUGCUUUUUUCAAUAUGCAUGCUGCUACUGGGUGAAACAUUCAGAUGACAUAUCCUGGUCUACCACUGCUAUGCAGAUAACCUGUCUUUCUCUAAUGUCCUAGUGGAUACUGGGGUGGUAUAAGUACCAUGGGGUAUAGAACGAGUCCAUUAGUGUGUACUGGCUCCUCCCCUUUAUGCCCCUUCUAGCAGUCUCCGUUUAGAAAAAUGUGCCCAAGUUGCCGGGUGCAUUCUCUGGAGCUCCAGAGAGUUUUCUUCAAAUUUUAUGUCAGUUUAUUAUUUUCAGGCAACGCUGGUUGGCACUAGUCUGCCUGCGUCGUGGGACUUAGGGGGGGAACCGAACCAACUUAAUAAAGAGUUAAUGGUUCGUAUCCCCUGACAAUGUCUAUAAUAUUUAUCCUAUUUAAAACACUCUAAAAGGUUAGGAGACACAGUACGCAAUUGGCGCAAAAAAUACCGCAAGGGUACGCCCUUAGCGUAGCAGACGCGGUGCACAGGGUGUGAACACAGGCGUUGCAGAUACUUACAGAAUUAAACUAGAAUAACUAUACCUUAAGGAAUGUACUUGUACUGUAAACCUUUGUGCAGUGCUAAUGUGUAGAUGUAAUGCAAUGUAACCUUGUUAGCUUAAAAGUUGUAUGAGCGGCUGUGAUGCUCUGAGAACCCUUUAGCAAUAUAAUAAUCAAUCAAAUACCGGUCUAAGGUUCUAACGCCUUUAAGGAGAGAAUGAACGUUCAAUUGCAAAAGAAUAAACAAUACAAGUUAUACACUACCAAAAUAACAUAGACUCUAACAGGAUUACUACACGUUAAAACACAAUAUUGGCAUAAUCACAUUUAAGGGGAAGGAGAGAGAGAGAGAGAAUGGCUUACAAUAACAAUAAAGACAAUAUGGUUGCAGAGAAACUUACACAUGUGAGAAACAAUCGCUGCGCAGUUAGUCAAUGCUGAGAAUCUUUGUGGAGAGAAUACUUGAGCUUACCCAGGCUGGCUGUCCCUAUAUACACAACACCCAGCAACAACACAAUGGUCCCUACAAUACCGCAUGGGACAGAAGCUAGACUCCAUUUUGGGAAAAACUCCCAUAAUUCCAAAGACUGCAACACAUGGUUCAAAGGGGGAGGAGAAAACACCCAGCAGCAGCCAUCUUCUACAAACCAACUAAUUAUAUUCCACAUUCCAAUCCAACUUCCUAGAACCAUCUUAUUCAAUUUCACAUUCCAAACAAACUCAGUUUAUUGCAUACAGUCCAUGUUAUAUGAACCAUCACAACACCAGAUCACAAUGUAACCACAAGUAUCAGCCUGCCAUUACUACAAGCACAUGACUACAGUAACAAAAGGAAGUAUGUUUUGACUUCAAAUCUUCAGCAAGAUGCAUCAUGUAAAACUACCAUAAUCUGUUAUAAAUCACCAUCCAUAAAUGGAUACCAAGAAUGCUAUGCCACAGAUUGUCCACUGUUCCAAUUCAUCACAGACCUCACAGAGUAUCAACACAAACACCCAACAAUCACACAACUGCACAAGCAUCACUAACCUUAAGCCACUUGUAUCUCCAAACCAACCACUCUAUACCAAUCACUUCACAACUACUCUACCUCAAACACAUAUCUAAACUAUUCUAUGCCAUUAAGCCAUGUGAAUUCUAUACUUAGCCUUCGUAAGGAGGUAAGUCCUAGUGAUGAUCCAGCCAUGCUUCCAGGUGCUUUGUAGCUGUGUGUAGCUACAGUACAUCUGUCCUCUGAGACCACAAGCAACUGCACUGAUCUCUUCUUUAGCCAGGAACUACUUUCCUGUUUGACUAGUUCCUGGGGGAGGGGUCUCUCUUGCACGAUUCAGUUACUAUUCUCUUUGCAUAUGCUGAUCAGGUUCAGCCCUGAAAACUGCUAACAUGGUUGGCUUCAGUUCCCUGUUCACUGUAUCAUUCAUUGUCUCUAACAAAGUGAUUUUAGCUUUUAUACAUAUAAUCAUAUCUCUCCGCUGCAAUGUCCCACAACUUCACAACAAGUAUCAAAUUAAUCUACACACCAAUCUGCUUGUUUUAAUAGUAAACAUGACAGGUGUAUCUUGUUCCGUUCCAAUAAUACACAUUCAUGACAUUAAUUCAUUAAGUAAUUUUAAAUCUCCAUGAUGUCUGGUGCUUGAUAUUAUUAUAAUUAUGUACUGUAUGAAAUAAGUGUCGAAUCUAUCUCUGUGGCAUGUCCGUGUAAAUGCGUGAGUUACCAUAUAUUGCUGUGCUCGCUGCGCAUAUUUGCAAGUAUAGCAACUUAA